AUGAACUGGAGAGCGUGUGGUCUGCGUAUUCGCUCCAAUUUCAGCAUUAUCCAUAGAUCUAAGAUUUCUUCCCAACUGACCAUUUCCGCGUACCGGCUGAUCUCCCCUUUUGACCAAAGAAAAGCCUGGUCGCGUCAAUACUCAUCACAAUGGACGUCCAACCCGAGAGUCUUCCCAGUCUUUGAUCUCGGGCUGCUGGAUUCGUCUCUUAAGAUUGAGGAUGAGCUUGCGGUGGGAUAUGAGCCCAACGAGACAUACACGUAUCCCGCCGAGGAGGAAGAAACCCUGAAUGACAGGUACCGAAUUAUGCACAAAAUCGGCUAUGGGCCCACGGCGACUGUUUGGUAUGCUGUUGAUCUAGUGGAGCCUAGAAUGGUUGUUUUAAAGAUCUAUGUCGUGGACCACAUGCUCAAGACUUAUGGGCGUGUCCACCCGCCAAAAACAUACCAGCAAAGCGAGUGUCCUCUUCACGAAGUUAGCGAUCGUUUUCCCAUCAAGGGUCCUCGCGGCCCUCAUAUUUGUGUUGUUCACGAGGCACCCUCACUAGACCCAGAACAGAUGCAUUCGGGUGACAAGAUGGAUCUCGAGUCGAUGAGAUCUACUAUGAAACAAAUGCUCAUAAUGAUGGAUUUUCUACACACCGAUUGUUACCUAACUGCCCGCAUCAUGCCAAACGCAACAUUCAACGUUGAUUCCGGCGACAGGCGAGUUGCUGGACCUAGCAAUGACGAGCUUAUCACCCCAAUGAUACUCCCCGGCGAUGGCGUUCCCCUCCGUUUGGACUUCCCUGACGAAGACAUGUCCGGUAUCGAGGAAAAGCAUUGCAGGCCUCCUGAACAGGUUCUGAAAUCGAAAUCGGAUCACAGGGCAGACAUCUGGGCUACUGCCAUUGUUGCAUGGAAUUAUACCAUUUCCCAAGGGCUCAUCGACGGACGAAACUCAGACGGAGCCUUUGAUGACAGGGCCCACAUCGCAGAGCUGGUUUCUCUAAUUGGCCCUCCUGCACCAGGGUUCCGCGAGAAGAUGCGACUAGGCUCCAUGUUCUGGGACGAAGAAGGAAAUUGGACGGGUCAAGCUCCCAUACCAGAUCGAAGUUUCGAGAGCCUAGCGGCUGGCAAUGUCGACAGCGAGGAUGUGGAAGGCUUCUUGCAAUGGAUGCGAAAAGCGCUACAAUGGGACCCCGAUCAUCGACCAACGGCUCUAGGUCUCUUGCGUCAUGAGUGGAUGUCCCAGAAGACAAAGGCUAUGGAGGGAGAACGUAAGCAUGUAUCCGACGAGAACACUCAAGUCUAG